UAUUCCAUACCCCAACAACAUCCCAUUUUCCCUUCCUCAUCACUUCCCUACCUCCGGAAUAAACUGGAUAAAUGUGAGGUGAUGCACAUGGACAGGACAAACAAGGCAAUGGAGCACAUGAUAAACAGUAGGUCCCUGGGAAUCCCCGAGGAUCAGAGGGACCUCGGUGUUUAUGUCCACCAGAUCCCUUAAGGUAUCAGAGCAGCUGCAGAAAGCAAAUGGGCUUCUGGCCUUUAUUAGCUGAGGCAUCAGGUUUAAAGGAAGGAGGUUCUGGUGUAAAACACUGGGUAAGCCCAUAGCGGGAAUAUUGUGCCCGGUUCUGGAAUCCACACUAUUGGAGGCACGGGAGAGGGUUUGCAAAGGAGAUUUACCAGGAUGUUGCCUGGGAUGGAGAGAUUGGACAGACUGGUCCUGCUUUCCUUGGAGCAGCAGAGACUGAAGAGGGACACGAUUGAGAUGGAUAACGUUAUGACGGGCAUGGACAGGGGAGAUAGGAAGGAACGUUUUCCCCUUGGUGGUGGGAUGAGUGACAAGGGAUUUAAGGGAAGGAGCAGAAGGUUUAGAGGAGACGUGAUGAAGAGAAAAGGGAGGUAGUAAUCAGGAGCUCAAUGCCUGUGAGGGUGGGAGAGGCAGAGGCCCUCAUAACAUUGAAGAAAUAUUUAGAUGUGCACUUGUGAUACCAAGGCUGCGGACCAUGUGCUGGACAGUGGGAUUAAAAUAGUUAGGUGGCUGGUUUUAACCAGUACAUACACAAUGGGCUAAAGUGCCUGUUUCUGAGAUCUCUAUAACUCUGUGUCUAAUGUUUUUAUAUUAUUGAGGCUUCUCAUUCUGAUUUUCCGAUUGUAGCUGGAAUGUGCGGAGGUCCUGAAGCUGUUGGAUGAGGAGCAGGCAAUGAUUUACUUCUCCUUAGGCAGCACCUACUUUGAUCUGAAGAAUUACAAACAGGCCAUCAGUCAUUAUGAAACAGAACUGAUGUUUCAGAAAGACCGACCCCGGGAGAAGUGCAAAACGUGGCUCCAUCUCGCAGCAGCCAAGAGGAUGGAUGGAGCAGGAAGCACUGAGGUCCUUCAGUGCUACCAGAAUGCACUGCAACUGGCUAAGGAGACCAAUGAUCCCAGGCUCCAGAGAAAGGUGCUGAAGGAACUGGAUCGAAGCCACAGGAAUGCGAGCAGCUCCUCGGAGCAGGACAGGAAAGAUGGGACAACAACAGAUAGCAGUCAGGAGGAGCUGGAGACAGAGCAUCGAGAGCUCCCAGAACACAGUGAUCCGGAACUCUGGAAAACCAGUAAGUGGAGGAAAUCUGGGACCAGGGUGUAG